AUGUCGCCGCUUUACACCGUACUUCUGGCCUUGCUCACGUUGUUGGUCGUGAACUCGGCCAAGGCCGACGAUAUGGAUUCGUAUUACUUCCGGCGCAACGCCAAAUGGAUCAGUCUGGCGCCGUCGGGCGGGUCGCUGGUCUCGGGGCGCGGCAACUUUCGGCCCGGUUUCUAUGGACGAGGCGGUUCGGCCGCUUAUAUGGGCGACCCGGUGUUGUUCAAGGUAAGAAAUGUUGUUUAAUGUGAUUGUUGCGUAUUUGUCACUUUAUGGGUUGUUCUAGACCUUCAGGUUUUACUUUAUAUUUGUUCUAUUAUGUUGUUCAAAUAAUUCUGCGCCCCUAGCUCCAAAAAUUUGCUUUGAGAGGUAGCACAGAGUUUUUGAACAACUUAAUAGAUCAUUUUUGUUAGUUUACGUAUUGUAAAAGAUGACAUUUUUAUCUAAAAAGUAUUGUUUUGCUGUAUAUUGCACUAGACUAACUAGAAUUUUAAAGUUUGAAGUAGGGCGAACUAAAAAUUUGUUAAAAUGAUUUUAUGCAAAACAUAAAAUGCCUAUUUCUGUUACUAUCCAGUACAUUAUAUACUCUUAUUUUCUAUUUUUACGGCUUCCAAAUACAUUAAAGUAAUGUCGUUAAAGACAGUGAAAUCUCAUCAAAAGUUUAUGGCAUUGUAAUGUCUAAAAGUCUUCUGGGUAUAACAUACGACACUAUGACAUCAUUUUAAAUGUAUUGUAGGGUUUUUUGUAAAAAAUUGUUUUACGGAUUCUACUCUACGUAUUCUUAAAUUUACAGAUCUUAUUAUAGAUACUCUUUUUAUGUCAAUUUCAAAAUUUCAAUCAGCAGCUGAAUCUUCUCAAAAACAAAAAAAUGUAAAGAAAGUUGUUGCCAUUUCAAAAAACAGUUGAAAACGUAACUCCUGUUGCCAAAUAUAGCCCGAAACUAAACAAUAAUUGUUUUGAUUACUUCUUAAGAAUGCGUCCCUAAUACGACCGUGUCUCGAGUUUCCUCCUCCGCGUUCGGCUUCUGGAUUGAUGAAUGAAUCCAGAAUCCAGACGUUUUUCAUUAAUUCAAAUUAAUGUCUUGACGCUUUUGACAGUCAAUAUGUUACAGUUGUAGAAGAGUAUUAUAAGUGACAGUUGAAUGAGGUUAGUCUAGUUAGAACAUGCAAUUGAUAUGAUAGUAAGGUAAUCUUAUUGAUGUAAAGUUAAUAUUAUAGUAUUGAGGUUCAUGUUUUGGUAAUAAAGUUAAUACUAUGGUAGCAAGGUUAGUAUUUUAAUAGUAAGGUUUAUAUUAAAAAUGAAAAUUUUUUACGAUAAAAAAGAUUUAAUUAUUAGUUACUACUAGGUCAAGUUGUGGCUGUAACUACUACAAGUUCAAAAAGUAAAUAAAAAAGUUUUUUUUUAAAUUUGUAAAAAAAUUAAAGCCAGCACUUGUUGUUUAGAGUACUAAUUUAAAAAAACUCUUUUUAGGUCAAAAAUAAUGUCUUACCAUAUUCACGACACUUAAUGCAUGACUAUUUCAAGCACGUAGACUCGUUUUAUAGGACAAAAACAAAAAACCAUCUUAAAAAGUAGUAAUGAUAUACGUAUAUAUACAUAUCAUAACAAUUUUUCGUAUAUUGACAAGGCAUGAUGUAAUAGCAAAUACCUAGUGCAUUUAAAAAGUUUCGUCGCAUUAAAAAGUUCUAUAAUAACAUCAUUAGCUACUACAGUAAAACCUGUGUUUUAUUCAGUAAACAGUUUUUACAAGCAAUAAAAUUACUGUGUACAGUAAAAUACUACAUAUAUACUAUAGUACUAUCGAUGAGCUUUCGAAAUACUUUUUUUAGUACAUUAUCUUAAAAUCACUGCCAUAAAUAGUAAGGUAACGCCAAAACACAGUAAAAAGUUUUUUAGAUACUACAGCUUUACCCCUAACAGUAUAGUAACAUUGCCUUUCCUUUCAGCGUUCUCAACCCUCGAACAUUGACUUGGAAUAA